AUGGGAACUGAGGAAAAGCAUGAGGCUGAGGUCCAUGAUCGUGAUGAGAAUUCAACCCAAGGAACAAUUGCUGUUCCUGUUCACAAGAUUGAAGACUCAAUGGGAGUAACUGAAGAAGCACCCCAAGUUCAUCCAUGGAAGCGACAAAAUCUCUACCUGGAGAUACCUUCAAGAACAUCAGAAGACUGUGCUGAGGAUUUUGUUGCAAUAAAGAUGCCUCCAACACCAAGCCCCACUCCUAGGAAAGUAAAUUUUCUCUUGACACCUGGUUCCAUAGAUGCAAGAGUUAGCGGAUCACCGGGCCCCUCUUCAGCUAAAGGCAAAUCAUCUAUAAAAGCUCUUUUCCCGAAACUAAGUUUUAAGUAUCGAAGCUCUUCGGAUAUCGAGAAGGCUUCCAACCUAGCUUCAGAAGGGUCAUCUACAGGAGCGAGGGAGAAGCCUUCCAUUUCAAGGUCAUUGUCCCUCACAAAGCUAUUCACGCCCCGGAUGAGGAGAACAUCAUCCUUACCUGUUACUCCAAUUGCUCUUUCACACCCAGAAUCUGCACAUGGUGGAAGUGUUGGUGGCUCUCUGACUUCAAUACGGAAAGAAUCCCAAGUACAGAUAUCUCGCUCACUUUCAGUACCUGUCAACAAUAAAGAAAGACAAUUAAGGAGGAUGGAUUCAUUUUUUCGUGUAAUUCCUUCGACUCCUCGAGUGAAGGAAGUGGAUGUAAUAUCGAUUAGUUCCCCAACGGUGGAUUCUGGAAAAGAUGAUGAUGAUGCUGGUGAAGACAUAUCUGAAGAAGAGGCUGUCUGUAGAAUUUGUCUAGUUGAACUAUGCGAAGGGGGUGAGACCCUCAAAAUGGAAUGCAGUUGCAAAGGUGAACUUGCUCUGGCUCACCAAGAAUGUGCUAUAAAAUGGUUUAGCAUCAAAGGUAACAAGACCUGUGAUGUGUGCAAGCAAGAGGUUCAAAACCUGCCUGUCACUCUAUUACGAAUUCAAAGUAUUCGAGCUCGAAAUGCUGGAACAAGUAGAAUUGAUCGGGAAGAUGCUAAUGGAUACAGGGUUUGGCAGGAAGUACCCGUGCUUGUCAUUAUCAGCAUGCUUGCCUACUUUUGUUUUCUUGAGCAGCUCCUGGUUGAGAAGAUGGGUACUGGAGCAAUUGCCAUAUCUCUUCCAUUUUCUUGUGUAUUGGGUCUUCUCUCAUCCAUGACCUCAACAACCAUGGUGAAAAGAAGAUUUGUCUGGGUUUAUGCAUCGGUUCAGUUUGCUCUGGUGGUUCUAUUUGCACAUAUAUUUUAUUCAUUGGUCCGUGUGCAAGCAGUUCUUUGUAUUCUGCUUGCAACAUUUGCCGGGUUGGGUGUUGCAAUGAGUGGGAGUUCCAUUAUUGUCGAGUGCUUGAGAUGGAAAAGAAGGUGGCAAACUACCUCACAGCAACCGCUUAGCUCUUAA